UUCCCUUUAGUUAAGACAAAGUCUCAUAAAAUUAUUUAUCAAUAUCAAAACUUUGAAAACUUUAUAAUCUCUCUAGAUAGACAGCCUGAAUUGAAUUGCUCCAUUUCAUACACGCAAUCCAACCACUCCUCGCGCCACCGCCGGAAUAUUUAUCUCCGCCGUCUACCACCGUCAGUCUAUUUAAAUUCAAUGGAUACUAAUAAUAGGAGACCUAAUCAAGGGGCUGAGCCCAACAUGGAUAAUAGUGAUUGGAGAGGUCAAUUGCAGCAAGAAUCGCGCCAAAGAAUUGUCAACAAAAUAUCAAAUACAUCCGCAUUUUUGGGACUUGGUAUGCAGUCUCAAGUUCACAAUCAAGGGCAGCGUCAUCCCAUUGCUUUGCCCAAUCAGCCACAGUCUCGCCAACAGCUUUUAUCUCAAAACAUUCAAAAUAAUAUUGCAUCUCAGCCCAACCUUCCACCUGUAUCUGGUCUAGCCCAGGCUUCCAUCCCGAAUGUUGGCCAGAAUUCCAACAUUCAAAAUUCCAACAUUCAAAAUAUGUUUAAUGCUUCCCAGAGACAAAUGCAAGGGAGGCAGCAAGUUGUUCCUCAACAACAGCAGCAGCAGCAGCAGUCACAGAAUCCACAACAGUAUCUGUACAAUCAGCAGCAGCAGCAGUCACAGAAUCCACAGCAGUAUCUGCACAAUCAGCCGCAGCAGCAGUCACAGAAUCCACAACAGUAUCUGUACAAUCAGCCGCAGCAGCAGUCACAGAAUCCACAACAGUAUCUGUACAAUCAGCCGCAUCAGCAGUCACAGAAUCCACAACAGUAUCUGUACAAUCAGCAGCAGCAGCAGCAGUCACAGAAUUCACAACAGUAUCUGUACAAUCAGCAGCGUUUGAGGCAUAAGCUUCAGAUGCAAUCUCAACAACAGCAGCAGCAGCAGAACCUUCUACAAUCAAAUCAGUUACAAUCUUCUCAGCAAUCUGGCAUGCAGCAGCCUUCCAUGAUCCAAACAUCUUCUCUAUCUAGCAUUCAGCACAAUCAGCAAUCUAAUAAUGGUCAACGGUCAACACAGUCCAUGCUUCAGCAACACCAUCAAGUUAUCAGGCAGCAGCAACAACAGACUUCUGUUAUUUAUCAGCAACAAACACCAAUGACUCAACAGUCAAUAUUACCUCAACAACAACAGCCACAGCAACCGCUUAUGAGAAAACAGGCAUAUGCAACCAACAUGCAACACUCCCAGAUGCUUGGGCAACAGAAUAAUGUUGGUGAUUUGCAGCAAUCGCAGAGGUUACUUGCACAGCAGAAUAAUCUUUCACACUUGCAACAGCAGCAACUAAAAAAUCAGCAAAACAACCUAUCAAAUAUGCAUCGACAGUUGGGAAACAAUGUCCCUGGGUUACAACAGCAGCAGGUCCUUGGAUCUCAAUCUGCCCAUUCAGGCAUGCAGACAAGCCAGCACUCUGCACAUGUGCUACAGCAAUCGAAGGUUCCAAUUCAGCAGCAAUCACAACAAGGUGCAUCAAAUUUGUUACCAUCUCAAGCACAGCAAUCACAACAACAAGUGCCACAGCAGCAAUUGAUGCCAAAGAUUCAAUCUCAGCCUGCACAAUUGCAACAGCAACAGCAACCAAAUCCUUUGCAACGAGAUAUGCAGCAAAGGCUUCAGACACCGGGUUCCAUACUUCAACAAACGGGUGUUCUUGAUCAACAGAAGCAGCUAUAUCAAUCACAAAGACCUCUUCCGGAAACUUCGUCAAUUGCAGUAAAUUUAAAUUCGAUGGAUACUAAUAAUUUGAGAUCUGAUCAAGGAGCUGAACCCACUAUGGAUACUGGUGAUUGGAGAGGUAAAUUGAAGCAAGAAUCACGCCUAAGAAUUGUCAACAAAAUAAUGGACACAUUAAAAAGACAUCUUCCAGAGGGAUUGAAUGAACUUUGGAAGAUUGCCCAGAGGUUUGAAGAGGAGAUUUUUACUACUGCAACAAGCCAGUCUGAUUAUCUAAGGAAAAUAUCUGUGAAGAUGCUUACAAUGGAGACUAAAUCUCGGGGCACCGUUAGAAAUAUUGGAAAGAUCAAAAGGAUCCGGGAUAGAAAGAUCAAAAGGAUCCGGGCUGAACGUGAAUGAAGUCACUUUCGUUAAAAAUAUUUCAAGCACUCUCUUAAUUGUAUUGGAAUAAUGAAAAGGAUUUAUGAUUUUUGUGUGUUUCAUUUUGGAUUCAUAAAUAUGUAUUUAGAGGUCAUGCAUGUGUUCUUUCAUAAGUUUGCAACUCUUGAUGAAACAACAUCUUUUCAUUAUA